UUUCCGAUCUUCCUGACGCUCCUCACGCGUAUCUCUCAGUAGGGUUAUUUAAAAAUGGCGGACGCAUCGUCUUCCGACACUACCUCAGAUUGUUGCAAUGAAUGGUUCUCUGAUAUUACCUCUGAACGAUCGGAGUACGUUAUAGUAGGCCAGAAACCGUGUCUGUCCCACCGUCGCAGCAAAAGACAUUUCUUACAGAAGCUUUUUUUAAGAGAGAUCAGAGGUUGUUUAUCAGCGCACAAUUAUGCAUCAGAGGAAAGACUGUUCGCUACUGUACCUUCAUGGAGACAUUUACCACUUCUACAUGUACUCCCAAAGUCUGCAUUAGAAGCAGGGCACAUUGUAAUGGGAUUAACACAAUGUGGUCAGUUUUUACUUACAUAUACAUACACAAUGGAUAUGAGCGGCAAUACUUCUUUGUAUAAAUACUUGUUACACUGGUGGGCUUUCACUCCAAACCAUGUUGCACGUAAAGUUGCUGAAGUCACACUUUUUGGUAAUUACACCAUCUAUAGAGAACUUAGUAUUGUUAUAUCUCAAUGGCCAAUGGAGCGGAAUAAGCUAGUAAUACAUGGCCUAUGUACAAAUUGGCUGCAUCUUCAACCAACAGAUAGAGCAUACUUAACAAUAACCACAGUACCGUCUCUCGAAAAUUGUAAGGAUUGUUUGAAAGUUGCUGCAUCCUAUGAAGAAGAAGGUGAAGAGUUGGCUGUAAACUGGGAUGGUUGCGUGCGGUGUAAUUGUCUUCAACAUGGUCUCACUGUUCAUACCACCUAUGAAGUAAUUUCUCCGUAUCCUAGGUUCCGAGCUACCGUCUGUUUGAAUUAUUGGAAUCACGUAGUAGUUAAUACAGGAAACUUUUUACAUGUACUCAGGGUGGAUUUGGACAUUCCAAAGUUCAAAAACCAGAAGACUUGUGAUAAGCAGGACACUGUCAUUCCUGAUACAGUGCCAUUAGAUAUGAGUGACGUCGAGGAAUUAUAUUAUACGAAAGUGGAACGUUACGAAAGUUCAGACGAGAAAGUAGGUACACCCGAGUGCGUGGUCGAUCAAUCCCCGAGAUGCGAGUCGAGUAUAGAACAUGACUUUUUAGAAGAAUUAAUUAAAGUAGAUGAUAAGUUAGCUCGUGAUCCAUUGAAUACCUCAAGCAGUAAUCAAAGUGACUGUGUCUGUGAUAUAAAUAAGUCUGCCGAUGCUGUAAGUGUUAAGUCGUGCGAAUAUUCGGACAUCGUUGAAUAUAAAUGUCGAAAUGCGAGUCCAGUUUCUAGGACCGAACAACAAGCGAUAUCGGUCAGAGAUAAGAUCUUGCAGGAUUUCUGCGAGGAUAUGUCUCAGGAACUCAACAUUGGUAGUGAUUUAAUUACUUUAGUGAAGCACCCGUCGUGUUCUCCACGGUCUACGCCUCAAAGGCUUCCCUCUGAUCUCAAAACAACCACGUGGUCGUCACCAAUUCUCACACCACCGUCAGAUAUCUUAAAGACUCGAAAUUCGGAAUCUAGUCAUAAAAACGCACGCAGUCAACGUUCAAACUCCCCGCAACCAGGUGCUUCGGAAGAUAGCAAUAUGACUUCCGUAAAUUCUCCUCUUCACUCGGUCUCCAUAAAACCUUCUUCCUCGUGUUCUUCGCGUUUAAUGUCACCGCCCGUUACGCGGUCAUUUCGUCAUCCAAGUCCUCGCAAACGGUCUAAUCUUCACUCUCCUCCACCUAUCGUCAACUCCACGCAAUCGAGAACGAGAGCCACGCACAAACUUAUUCUUGAAGCGGAGAAAGCGUAUGAGUUCACGGAUGAAGCGCAGGAGACCUGCGAGAAGCUCAGUUCAUUCAGAAAACGCAGACUCGCCGAUAAGAAGUACGAAUUUUGUGAUGAAACAGAGGACGCCGAAAACAUAGUUCCUUUCAAGCAUAUACGAGAUCAAUUCAAACACCGUGGCUGUUCGAUACAUCAAAUACCAUCGUCCCCGACGAUUUCACCUGUAUUGUCAAACGGUAGGAAGCAUUGGCCAGAUUCUGAUCAAAGCGAAACUGAUGAUUUUAGUAUUAAUCAAGACAUAGGAGUGUCGAAUGAUUUAACUGCAGAUUCAGCUGAAAAGAAUGUGUUACGUCCGUUGAACCAAAAUCAAUUACCUAAUGGAUGUAUAAAUAGAGAUCGUAUAGGCAAACAUUCUUUAAAUUCUUCUCCAUUAGUUCCAAAAAUAAAUUUACAAUAUCCUACUAUAAAGUGUACUGCACACUUUAAAAGAAGCUAUAUUGAACUUGACGAUGAAAUGAUAUCUGUUAUCACAGAUGUUGAAGAUGAAGAGACAGGAGGAUACGUGAGUUAUCAAUAUGUUCUUCCUAUGCAUGUCCAUGGAUCUGGAUAUGUUCAAAUGCAAAUGAUCAGCAACAGCAAAGCUGAGAAAUUGAUACUACCUUGUGUAUCAAUAAAUCAAUUAAGUUUUGACAUCGAAACAUUUUCUCACCACAUUGCUGAUUGGAUUUGUAUGAGAUUUAAAAAGAGAUAUUGGCACUGCAGCGAUUACGACAUUGAAAUAAUAGAUGUAUGCGCAUUAAGUGGUGAUAUUAUUUGUUUAUUAAUUAUGAAAAUCCAGGCUAGUGAAAUUAGUAGUCAAACUCAGUGUUCUCAAGAAAGGAAACAAUACGAAGUGGGAUGCAAAUUUACGUGGAAUAUUGAUACAAGUCAAUAUAGAAUAACAGACGUAUUACCUAUGGAAGAGGUAAAACCAGAAUCCUGGAAACCAAACUUUAUGAACGUUCCGAAUUUUCGGAGUCCGUUGUGGAAUCCAACACGACGCUUAGCACCAAAGUUAAGAGAAAAAAUACAGCAACCAUAUGCGCACGCAGUACGAUUUUUACAUAACGAAAUGACGCUGGCAGGUGAAUCUAUAACCAGACUAUAUGAUUUGGACAAUUUGGUGGAAUUCUAUAUUACACCAAUGCCAAAUUAUCCUUCGAUCGAAUAAGGUAACUGUUGGAUCAAUAAUAUGUUGCAAACA